AGGGGACACCAGCUCGCUCGUCGCUCCUCCACACGCUUCCAGCCACACAGUCAUGCCCGCCCGCUAACCUCCGUGCACUGAACCAUGAUGGAAAUGUUAUAACCAUACUUUGGCCGCAUGAUGACCAUAAUUGCAUGAUCUGUCAUGACGUAAUAUUGUCUGACUGGACGUAGGGGUAUGAUAAUUGCUACGUGGUGUCCCAGUGUCCCUUGUGUCCCUGUGAUGUGUGUCGUGUUGAUGAGGGCAGCGGCCUAGGGGGGAGCUAGGGGGCCUGCACCUCCUGCUACCUUCCUUCACCCCUGGGCUGGAGUCUCUUCACCCUCUAGCUACUACUGUUGGUGUCCGUGUUUGUGUACUAGGGAGGGGCGGGAGGAACCUGGACCUAUCACGGGAGUUCCUGUGUCGUAGUUUCGCCUCAGCCUUCAGGGCGCCUGUGCCUGAUGGAGUGCAUGGCGGAAGUAAUGCCCAGGGGUCGCUGCAAUACGUGGCCCCCACCUACCCAGGAUGACCUGCCCCCCCACCAUUACUAUCCCCCCACGCCCAUGCCCCCCCAACAUGCCCACCAGUACCCAGUGUUGGGUGAGGGCGCCGGGUGUUCCGUCACUCCGGCGGCCGUGGUGCCCCCUUCCAGUAGUACCAAGAAGGGCGGCAGCAUCCGACGGAACGCCUGGGGCGGCAAGAGCUACGCCGACCUCAUCACCUCGGCCAUCAACUCGGCGCCCGACGGCCGCCUCACCCUCGCUCAGAUCUACGACUGGGUGGUGGCCAACAUUCCCUACUUCAAGGACAAGGGCGACUCCAACUCCUCGGCUGGAUGGAAGGUACGUAACACAACGCCCGCAUCAGACACAAGCAAACGAUGCCAAGGGCUCCCUCCGCCUCCAUUAACUCCAGCCUUCCUGGUUGGUUAUGAGAUGAAAGUUUUGUAA